CUUUUUCAAUUCGGAAGCCCGCGCCAUGUCUCUUGACUUCUUUUCUCUGGAAAAGAGCAACAUCAUGAUGAUGUAUAAUUUCUUCGAGCUCUUUGACUUUGAGUGUCUCGCUCAACAUUUCAUUUUCCACAGGACCACAGAACGUCGCCAACAUCGAACAUCUUCUGGAAUCUGGUGACGCUCGGUCUUCUGGAGCUUCUCUGUCAGUAAACUUCUUCACAAUACGUAAGCCGCGGUUGUUUCAGCAAACCGAUUCCACAGCGGGUCGCCGUCUGACGCAAACAAAACCCCAAGUUCCCACCUCAUUUGACUUCUUUCGCGACAUUCUGGAAGUUAACUCCGUCCAAAAUCCAUCCAGGUGUUUCCACAUUUAUUUCCAGGAACAACAAAUCCCCGGAACGUCCACUUCCCAAUUUCUCUGCAAUCGACCUCGGGGAUUGCGUUUGCACGGUGCGUGAAACGGCCUGAUCUUGUUUACUGUCGGGUGUUUGAUGCGUAGGGAUUUCCCCGCGGCUCAGAUGGCUUUUUCUUACCUCAAUUGUUUGGUGGCAGAUGUGUUCAGCUCAGCCGGGAUAAAAACCAUAGAUACACAAGGUCUUCUGGUACCUCGUUCAGUGUUACAUGACCUGUCCCGACACCCUUGAAAAUGGCAUUCGGAGGCGAUCUCGACAAGAUCAGGAUCAACAAAAAAAGCAAAGCUCGAUCGAUCAAUUGGUUACGCCAUUUAUCAUACUUCGUAUUUAAAUUUGCGUUGAUGUAUGAUGAAUGUGGAACGAUUUCAAGUGAUUUUAUGUGCCACUACCUGUCGACCCCCUGGACAUAUCGUCCCGCCAAAAAUUGUUGUGUUACAAGAAGAGUAAGUCCAAUUAUUAUACUCUGAACUCCAAUAUUACCCCAUCAAACAAUCGGUCCACGCUGUCCAACUAUUUACAGCAAAGCCGCGGCGCCCAUCAUGAAACCCCAAACACCGGCUCCCAGGCCCAUAAUCUUUUGUGCUCCAGAUGCUGCUGUAGCGGUUGCGGUUGCGGAGGUAGAGGUUGGUGCAGAUGCUGUAGGUGUAGUGGUUCCGGUAGGAGGUGCAGCUGUUGCGGGUGUACCGGGAGUUGUUGCUGCUGGUGUGGCGGCACAUGAAGCAGCGGUUGGCAAGUUGGUGACUCCACUGAUCGAGCAGAGGUUGUUUGCGAAAGCGAUGGCUUUGUUUUGGUCCUCGAGCGAGCAGGCUUUGGAUACACAGCAAGAGAUGUCGCUGAGGAAUUGAGGAGCCGAGCAGAUACACUUCACAUCAGUGUUGGUGCAUCCACCGAUGGAUGAUCCGCUGGUUGAUGCUACGACACAAGGUCUCUGUAGGAAGAUCAUGAUUAGUACAUGGUACGGAAAUCAUUUGAUUCGAAGCUGGUCAACGAAGCCGAAGCUGGUCAACGAAGCCGAAGAUGAGUCCAGAGAGGAUUUGAAGAGGAGCCAUUUUCCAGUGACAACUCGAAUAUCUCCCAGGUCCACCAUCACUUGACACUCUGGUGGGCGGCCGAAAUAACCCUCAUUUUCGUCGUUCUAGUAGCGAAGUAAUCGGAAGUAAACGUACAGCGCAUUCUGGAAUGUCACCCUGAGCAGCAACAAACGGAGCUACAACGGCGACGAUGGCAACAAUUGAGAAUUGCAUGGUGACUAAAGUGAGAUAGCAAGUUCCGGGUUCUUGGAUUCUAUUUGAAGGAUGCGUAAACCGAUCAAAAGGAAAGGGAGGCUAAGUCGAAGCGUGGUUGAAAGGUGGGAGACCCAAUUAUCUGGGUUGCUCUCGCGGUUUUAUGAGCCACCAGCUCCAAGUAUUGGCUGCAACACAACACAUCGAUGCACCCCUGAAUUCACCGAUCUUGCUGGGAUAACCUCGAGCUAAGAAGGUAAUACUUCGUAUUUUUACCGGCCAGACUCUUCACUGGGCCAAUCAGACACAGGAAUUAUAUCAUUGAAGCCUAAGGAAAUUGGCGAUUGCUCUUAUACCGGGCUUCAUCGCGAUUUAAACUUUGCUAGUUUGAUUACGAUGCACAAGCGAGCAAAGCGAGCUCCUUUUUUGGCAUUCCAACGAAGAAAAGAAGCUUCUUUUGGUUUGCUUGGCGAUUCGAGUCGGCAAAUGCCUCGUGGGGGUUUCUUUUCCUUCUAUAAAAACAGAGUUCCGGUAUAUUUAUUUUGAAUGUUUUCCUUUGCCUGUGAUUUAUGUUUACAGGCCUCCAGGUUUGGUGAUUGUACUACGAAGCACCCAAGGUAAGUUGCAGGCCUAGAGGAGUAAACAAGUGAAAUGGAUUAACGACUUUUGAAUCAAGGGAGCUUGCCACAACAAGACAAUAACAAUAUACCUGAUGAGAUUCGGCGUACUCGUACCGCACAUGACGUGACUUCCACAUCAUAGCAAACUUUCUUCAAGUCUGAAGGUGUUCAGGUUCAAAUCGACACAGGCGUAAAGUUUCCAAAGUUUUUCGCCUCUGCUUGAGUUCGUCUCUCAUUUCCACAAGGUUCUACAACCCCUUGGCGUUGUGCAUGCAGGCUUGGACAAUUCAGGGCAGGCUCAACAGGCUUCCCCGCUCAACUGUCGUGGCCCAACGAUUGGGGGUGUUCCUGAUACAGCAAUAAGACCAAGACUCCUCCGGUUCCUCCACUGCACUGUUCAGAUCGUCCCGACUCUGUUCUCGUACUAGCUAGCCACGCCUCUCUUCGGGCAUUUUAAUUGGGCCUCGUCCACUCUGCAAUAACAUCUACAUCUAAUCUACAAUCUAUUUACAUCUACACCUCUGGAUUGACUACGCUUUUAUUGCUUUUUUGUGUUCGGCCGUGGCCGUGGAUCAUAGCAUAGUGGUUGUCAACCACUGAUACUAACCAUGGGGCUGUGGAUUCUCGAACCACAAACUACUGAGACUGUCCCAGGUACGGGAUUUAUAACAAUCUAUAUCAAUUACAAAAUUCCAUAGCACCAGCUAACCUUAUCGCCCUCAGGAACAACUCGAUACUUCGAUGACCCCGAAAGACCUCAACAAGUCGACGCCAACAACACCCAAGGUCUGAAAUGCGAUACCUCAGGACCAGUAGCCAUCCUCCUCGUCCCCCAACCGAGCGAUGAUCCAAACGAUCCAUUAAAUUGGCCAUUGUGGCAAAGGGACUUGAUACUGGCGCUCCUGUCACUUGUAGCAAUCUUUGCAACCUCCUUGGGUUCCAUUCUGGCUGCCAAUACCCUGACGCUGUCGCUCUACUUCAAAAUGACAUUUACGAAAGUCGCGAUUCUGACGGGAUGGUAUCUAUUUGGAACGGGGGUCGGAGCUAUUGUUUUUGUUCCUUCGGCUAGAAUAUGGGGAAAACGACAUCAGUUUGUUCUGGGUCCGGUGUUGAUUUUUAUAUCGUGUAUAUGGGCGGGUGUUGUCAAACAUAAUUAUGAUUCUUUAGCGGGUAAGCCAUCAUUUUGAGAUGCAAGCCAUCUUCAGGUUGGGAUGAAGCUGACGUUUGAUAGCGGCCCGGUUUUUCCAGGGAGUUGGAACGGCUCCAUUCGAAACUCUAGUCAACGCUGCGGUCGGAGACCUUUACUUUGUUCACGUAAGUCGGCAGACCCUUAGAUAAUGAUAGAGGCUAACAUAUCCCAAUAGCAACGUGGUAAGCGUAUGGCCAUGACCAAUUUGGCUGUCUUUGGAGGUGCUUUCUUCACCCCUAUUGUGGUAGGCAAGAUCACUCAUGUCAAAAGCCUUCAAUGGCCAUGGACAUUUUACUUUGUCGCCAUCUUCAUUGGAAUCUGUGCUCCACUGAUAUACUUUUUCGUCCCGGAAACCGCAUACAAUAGAGCAGCCCAUCUCAACACCGACUUAGCUAUGAACAUUGAGUUGCGUUCCAAGGAUUCCGAGGAUGGCACGAAGAACUCCAAAUACUCCGAGCUCCCAGAAGAAACUGGCACUGCCAAUUAUACGGCCUCUGGUGCGGAAACCCCCAGAAAGAGCAGAGUAGAACGUCUCCGGCUUGUCAACGGACGAAUUUCACAGGAAAGUUUUUGGAAACUCCUACUUCGACCUUUUCCCAUCUUCUUCCAGCCGGCUGUUCUAUGGGCAUGUGUCAUCCAAGGAAGCAUGAUCGGUUGGACAGUAUUCAUGGGAAUCAUUCUCGGCGCCAUUUUCCUCGGACCUCCAUUAUUCUGGAAUGAAGAACAAACUGGAUAUGCCUACACGGGUGCUUUCCUCGGAGCCAUUAUCGGAUUCUUGAUCGCUGGAGUACUGUCCGAUUGGUCCGCAAAAUACCUAACAAAGAAAAACAACGGAAUUUAUGAGCCUGAGUUCAGACUCGUCUUGGUAAUCCCAUCAAUGAUUUGUGGCUGUAUUGGAAUUUAUCUCUUUGGUAUCACGGCUUCGGAAUUAAUUAAUUAUUCUUUCUACCUUCCCAUUCUGGGAUUCGGUUUGCAAGUCGCCGGAAUGGUCAUCGGAGCUGUGGCUGCCUCACUCUACCUCGUUGAUGCUCAUCGUAUGUUACCCAAUUCUCGCAUCAAGAAGCAAACUAACAACCCCAGGUGAUAUAAUCGUUGAAUCACUGACAACAACCAUCAUUUUCAAGAAUUUAUUCUCCUUCGGUCUAACUUUCAGUGCCUACGAUUGGCUUGUUGAGGCUGGGACAUACAAAACAUUCAUGUGGAUUUCCAGCAUCCAAGUCAUCGUCUGCUUGACGACCAUACCUUUGUGUACGUGGCUCACAAACCAGAUAUUUUCCACAAUCACUUACUGUUUUACAGAUUUCUACGGCAAGCGUAAUAGAGAGUAUUUCCACCGCCAUGAUAUCAUGGAGAUCUGCCGCUUGACCGAUCAACAGAUGGUCAGAUGAGUAGAUCCGAAGGGAUGUAGAAUCAAGCGAACAUUAGGGAUCACAUAAUUUGACGUUAUAUUGUUUGUAUAA